ACGUCGGUUCCCGCUCCCUUUCAAGUAGUAGCGCUCUCAGUGUACAGAUAAUUAUUGCCAAUUAGGUGAUUAAUACCAUUAGUAAAAAGUAUCGCGAUUUCUAGUGCGCGAAGAACUACCAUCAUGUUCGACGUUUUCGCCUGCUUCAAGAGAUUGUUUAAGAUCGAUAACGUGUGCAUCGACAACAAAAUGUUUCACCUGCAUUACAAAGCGACAGUUAUCAUCCUCAUGAUUUUUUCGGUGGUGGUGACGUGCAGGCAAUACAUCGGAGACUCCAUUCAUUGCAUCUUCCACGAUAUCUCCCUUCACGCCAUGGAUACGUUGUGCUGGAGCAGGCUCAAGCGCCACAUGGACAUUGAAGUUAUGCAACCGGGGGUGGACACCCAAGUGAACCACUCCAAAUCGGUCAUGUACAAAUACUAUCACUGGAUCUGCUUCAUACUGUUCUUACAGGCCAUUCUCUUCUACGUGCCACGCUACCUGUGGAAGACGUGGGAGGGCGGCCGCAUCAAGAUGCUUGUACAGGAUCUUAACAACCCCUUCGUCGACAAGGACCGCAAGACCGAACGCAAGCGCCUGCUUGUAGACUACUUUGUAGUAAACCUGCAUACGCAGAACUACUACGCCUUCCGCUUCUUCUUCUGCGAGGUGCUCAACUUCGUGAACGUAGUGGGACAGUUCUUCUUCAUGGACUACCUCUUCGACGGAGAGUUCGGUACUUACGGGUUCGACGUCUUCAGAUUUGUGGGCAUGCCGCCAGAGGACAGUAAUGAUCCUAUGUCCCGGGUGUUCCCCAAGAUGGCCAAAUGCACCGUCUACAAGUUUGGCGUUUCCGGUUCAAUGCAGAAGAACGACGGAAUGUGCGUCCUGCCGCUGAACAUUGUCAACGAGAAAAUUUACUUGUUUCUGUGGUUCUGGUUCGUGUUUCUCAGUGCACUUACGGGGUUAUGGCUGGUAUACCGGCUGGUAGUCAUCUUCAUCCCCAAGGUGCGUCUCUACCUGCUGCGAGGCAAGUACAAGAUCGCACACCAGAAGGACGUGGAGACUAUCAACAGCUGGUGCAAGAUUGGGGACUGGUACCUCUUCUAUCAGAUGAGUAAAAACAUGGACAUGCUGAUGUGUAGAGAGGUCAUUUCGGACUUAGCGAAUAAACUCGAAGGGAGAGAGACAAUGUAGCGUGUCUUUGGGAAUGAUUAUCAAAGGCGGACAUAGUGUACCUUUUCCUAAAUUUUCAAGAACAUCCUGACGACAGAAAAGACAAAAGACUGCAAAAGACGGUCGAACAAGCUGUGAUAUUAGCAGUUUUUUUAUUUCUCUCACUGCCAAACAUUCGUACAUGAUUUAAUGCGUCCCUGUAAUUCUGUGGGCUCCCAAAAUUGAAUCCUGAGCUUGAGCUUUCGAGAGUAUGAUCGAAAGGAUUUCAAUUAGUUGACCAUUUGUUAUAAGAUCUAACUCGAUUUCUUAGUUACCAUUUCCGUUUUUGCAUUCUUUAUGAUAUACCUGAUUAUAUGUUGUUUUGUAUUUCGUAGAGUUUAGGUGUUCUUAGUCAAACAAUUUAUAUCGUGUUAUAUAUGAUUUUAAGCUGGAUGAAGUUCGACACACAUACGAUUUACGUCGUAAAAAUUUGUGUAAAAAUAGCUGUGUAUUGAAAUAAUUGUGUAAGUGAUGUACACCGACAAUGCCACUGUUUUUAAAAUUUAUAUGGAAUUAUUAAUGAAAUAA